UACUCCCUAGUCCCUACCCUACACCUACCACCUCUUGCCCUUGGUCGAUCUGGGCCGCCAAACUCCGAUCGGACGGCGCUUAUCGAGUUUGCUUUGUUCACACCGCGCGUGCCAGCGAGAGCCAUUCUCGCCGGAGCGACCUCGCCGGCGACGCCGUCGCCGCCACCCCACCUCCGUGCGGUAGGGUAGGUAGUGGCGGUUGCCGAGAUGGCCGGGAUGGUCGCCGCCGCGGCGCCGCCGGCGUCUCUUUGCCGUCCGAUUGCUGUCCCCCGAGCUCCUAUGCGCCGCCGCCGGCUCACUCCCCGCGUGAAGACGACGCCCUCCCUUCGCUGCGAAGAUUCCCCGAAGAUCGCUCUACUCCAGGUACAAGCCAUGCGAUCUUCAGAAGAGAGUAGUUCUGAUGAGGACGAUGAGAUCCUUUCUGAGCUCAAAGAGAAGUGGGAUGCUAUUGAGAACAAGUCCUCUGUUCUCUUUUACGGAGGCGGAGCAAUCAUCGCUGUCUGGCUAUCCUCGAUUGUUGUCAAAGCUGUCGAUUCAGUUCCAGUGCUUCCGAACAUACUGGAGCUAGUUGGGCUUGGCUACUCGGGAUGGUUUGUGUACCGCUACCUGCUCUUCAAGGAAAACCGGGAAGAACUGGCCAAUGGCUUUGAUGCUCUAAAGAAAAGGAUCACUGGAAAUGAGGAAUAGCUGUGUAUCCUGUUUCUCUGCUUGAACGUUGUCAUUAGAGCCUUUUGUUUUUUCUCAUGUAAAUGCUGGAAGCGUUAUUGAUGUUUAUGGCCUCCCACAUCUUCUGUACUGUCUGCAGCUCAGCGGGGUUUGCAGUAUCAUCUGACUUCUGAACAGAUCUCCACAUUUAUGGCUGCGCUAAAAUGCUUGUGAUUCUUCUGAUAUGGAGGUCAGCUGGUCCUGUUUCUUGGCUGGCUUCCUUUCCCCAAUGAUUCAGCUGUAUGUUACUACUGCUAAGUUUAAGCCAGAACUGAUAAGUUUAAGCUGUAGUACAAGCAAUUAUUUGAAAUAAAUUCAGUAGUCCGAGAAGAUUUCUGUUCUUGUGCCAACAGCAUAUGUAUCCUCUUGCUAGUUGACCGGUUAAGAGAGUUGAUUCUUCUGUGCAUGUUAAUUCAGGGUAGUUAGUCUGUUGCCACCAGCCAUUGUCUUUGUGUGUGUGCCCUGUAGCCUCAUGCAAGAAUUAUUUUCCAUUUGAUUUCAAUGCUGCA